UUACCCAGCAUGCCUCAGUGAUGAUCAAAAGCAAGCAUGCCUUCCUUUAUAUGACUUCUUGUGUAGUGCAGGGACAAUGUUCGAUUUGACCAAAGUUUGGCCGACCUAUGUUUUUCUAGUGGAAGUGUAUAAUAAACAAAAAAAAUCUUCAAAAACAUCGGAUCCUCAUAUUAAACAAGCAGACAAUUUUAUUCCCCAUGUUUUGCAAAAUAUGAAAUCUUGUAUGGAUUCAGAAACAUGGAAAGCUGCAGAAGCCGAGUACUUAGAUCUCCUUCAGAGACAAGAACAAAUGAGACGUGAUCCAGAUUUGGCAAGAGAGAAAGAGCUUUGGGUUUUAAAUGGUGAUGUAGCUGCUCAGAAAUUUCUUGAUAAUAUUGAAUACAUGGAUAGGGCUCUGUAUGUAACAAUAAAGGAAGCAGUGCAGAGGAAUUUACAGGGAAGUCAGGCUACCUGGUGCCAGUAUGGGUCUCUUCUCCAUUCAUCGGAGCUCCUUAGCCGGAGUGAAGAACAAAAGAGCCGACGAUAUGAAAAUGAAAUGGAUGAGUUACGCGAGAAAUGUGAACAGCUGAGAAUGCAAAAUGAAUUAAAAUCAAAAGAAAUCGAGGAGCUUUCAACGAGGUUAUCUCAAUUUAUACAUGGCAUACCGCUUUUGUAA